UCCGCCCAGUCUGAGCGGAAGUAGGUACGUGGCUGCUUCAGCUGACAGUCUACAUGAUGGCGACAGAGGUUCAGAGCGGCGACCUCGACAGCGCUACUUCCAGCCGGCUCGAAGUUUCCAUCGAUGGCCUCACCCUUAGUCCCGACCCGGAGGGCGAGGAGCAGGUCCCGGUGGAAGAACCGGAGCCCGGCCCCGCUGAACCGGGGACCGAUACGCCGGGUACCGCUGAAGACGAAGAUGGAGAGUCAGCCAAAUCUGCGAUAGAGAGCAAAUGGGGCUUUCCUCUGCUCGAGCUGUACGGGUUGAGUCUGAAAUUCUUCAAAGAUAAAGAUGGCAAGGCCUUCCACCCCACCUACGAGGAGAAGCUUCGAUUGGUGGCUCUGCACAAACAGGUGUUACUGGGCCCUUAUAAUCCAGAUGCUUCACCGGAGGUCGGCUUCUUUGAUGUCCUAGGCAAUGACCGCAGGAAAGAGUGGGCCUCCCUGGGCAACAUGGAGAAGGAAGAAGCCAUGGUGGAGUUUGUCAAACUGCUGAACAAGUGCUGUAACCUCUUUGCUCCCUACGUCACCUCACACAAGAUCGAAAGGGAGGAGCAGGAGAGGAAAAGGAAAGAAGAAGAGGAGCGCCAACGACUGGAGGAGGAGGAGAGGGAGAGGCAAAGGCAAGAGGAGGAGAGACGGAGGCUGGAGGAAGAGGAGAGGCUUAGGAGAGAGGAGGAGGAGAGGAGACAGUUAGAGGAAGAGAGGCUACGGGUUGAACAGCAGAAACAACAAAUAAUGGCGGCACUGAAUGCGCAGACAGCUGUGCAGUUCCAGCAGUACGCUGCUCAACAGUACCCAAACAGCCCGGAGCAACAGCUGGGCCUCAUCCGUCAGCUCCAGGAACAGCACUACCAGCAGUACAUGCAACAGCUCUACCAGGUCCAGCUGGCCCAGCAACAGGCAGCCUUACAGAAGCAGCAGCAGCAGGCUGAUUCCAUGGUGCAGGGCACUCUGGAAUCUAACAGCUUCAACAGUGGAGAACCGGUCGCUGCCUCAGCAGCAGGGCCGCUGUGCGCAGCUUCACCACCUGCAGGCGAGGAGGUACCGACAGUCAACGGAGGCCAGUCAGACUCUUACUCGGAGAGCAUGGACCGGGAGCCAGAACCAGAACCGGCAGAGGAGGUCUCAGAGAACGGGCCUUUAUUAGCGGACUCUCCACCAGUCAUAGCCGCUCCCUCUAUGUGGACACGGCCACAGAUCAAGGACUUCAAGGAGAAAAUCCGUCAGGACGCAGACAGCGUGAUCACAGUGGGGCGUGGUGAGGUGGUUACGGUGCGGGUGCCCACCCAUGAAGAGGGUUCUUACCUGUUCUGGGAGUUUGCAACGGACUAUUAUGACAUCGGCUUCGGAGUCUUCUUCGAGUGGACGGAUGCCGCCUCUGCUUCGGUCAGUGUGCACGUGUCGGAGUCCAGCGACGAGGAUGAGGAUGAGGAAGGUGAGCCUCCUAAUGAGGAGGAGAAAGCAAAGAAAGAGGCGGGGAAGCCCCAGGUGGAUGAGAUUGUACCGGUGUACCGGCGGGACUGUCACGAGGAGGUGUACGCCGGCAGCCAUCAGUACCCCGGCCGCGGAGUCUACCUGCUCAAGUUCGACAACUCCUAUUCACUCUGGCGCUCCAAGAGUGUUUACUACAGAGUCUACUACACCAGAUAAGCCUGAAAACAGACACAGGGGGAGCCAAGGAGUGUAUGUUCAUAUAUGUGUGUGUGUGUGUGUAUGUAGGUGGAGAUUUGUGCGAUGACAGCCUGUAUGUGUAUGUAUGUGAGAAAGAAUGAUACCAGAUGUAUUCUGGACAAAAACCACCAGAGGGUGACAAAGAGACACAUCUGGAGCCUCAGUUUGGAGACUGGACUAACUUGUGUGUAUGUGUAUCCGUGUCCCAACAUACACCCAUGCUAGAGCCUGUCGCCGAGCCUUUGGAAGAGGAGUGUGUAUUCUGUUGUAUAUUCACCGCCUGUCCUUUGCUGCGCUCACAUAGACCAAGCUGUAGGACUUUAGCUCUCAUGUUGUAUUUUUACCACUCUUCACCCUGGGCUCCUCUUUCUGUCACCGCUCCAGCCCGACACUGUCCAAUGUGGCCUUGUGGCUGCUCGUGCCCUGAGUGACGCUUUUCAGAGCUGUGAGAGGAAACCCCGGCGAUGAGUUCCGACUACUCUGUGAGCCAACGUUUCCUGUUUUGGUGGCUGUUUAUUCCACAAAGAACACAAUGUUGAAAAUUAAAUUAUACUGCAAAUUAUCUUUAUAACACAAUGCCUCUGUUACAAAGAGAGCUUCUGGUCUUAACCAAGUCUCACUGAUACAUUUUAAACACCAUCUGAGACAAACAUCAUCAUCAUCAUCCUUUUUGUUGGUGAAACAGUCGGCUGUUAUUUUCCUUCCAAGAGACCAUGCAUAGAUAAAGAGCUAAGAGUGUUUAGUGGUAAGAGGGCGCCUUUGUCCUUUUACCUACACAUAAAAUUAUAUUUCUCCUUUAUUUCUUUAAACAAUCUGAUUGUCACAGUGAACUGGGAGCAGUUUAUUUUAUUUUUAUUGCUUGCUUAAGUUAUGAAAGACAUGGUUUAGGAUGAACUCCAAAUGAAGAAGCAAGUAUAAAUAUAACAUGUCAAUGGAAAACUUGUUUGCCUUCUUGCUUUCAGAAAAUAAGAACAACAAAGAAUGAAUAAAUAUUUGUUUCUCUCUCUAGAACAGAUGAUUUCAUCUGUUUGUUGCUGUUUCCUAUUCCUAUUGUUUUACUGACAGGAAGUUGCCUCCAAACGUGUCCCUGAUCUGAAGUUAUUCCUCAUGGCAUAGUAUAAAUUAUGCACUCUCUUUGCUCAACUACGAAAGUGAAAUAAUAAAAGCCAGUAUUUAAAAAGAUGUGUAUUCAUAUUACCUGGGAAUUGAGCAGACACAAAACAAUUAUAAAAAAUGUCAUAUUUGGUGGUCUUAACACACUGUUACAUCUCUGCAGAUCACAUGCCUCAAACAUCCUUUACACAAAAAACAGUGUUGGAUACUGUUCAGUUUUUUCUUCCUGUUUUGGAUGAAUUCGUUUGUCAUCUCAUAUUUAAGUUAACAUGAAUAAAGUGAGAAGAUGUAGACUUGUUUUUGUGUUCUUGCUGGUGUGGUUGCUUACUAAUUCAGUUGUGACAUCCUAAGUGUGUUCAACUUUUAAAUUUAUUGCCAUUAUUUAAAUCCGUUGUUCAGUUUCACAUGCUUUCAGUACAAAACACCCAGGUGCAUCAUGAGCAUUGUGUUCAGUAGGCGUUACACACAUUUGGUUUCACUUAAUCAAUCAUUGAGUUUGUAGUUGUUCUUUAUGUGUGUAUGCAACCGAACUUUAAAGACACCAAGGUGGAAUAACUUGCAAGUUGAGUAACCAGUCAUUGAUCUUGUUGAGUGUUAAUUCAUCAUGUUAUUUAAUUAUAGGCCACUCCUGCCUCCUUUCAGUACAAUGAUUUUGUUUAACAAAACGUCACAAGUUUAGAAAAAAUCCCCACAUGUCCUGAUAUAUUUUUGUUUCUACUGCUCACCAAAUGGUUAUGAGCAGACAUGUUCAAGCCUUGUGUGUAAAUAAUUCUAUGAAUGAGUUUAUGUAUGGGUUUUAGAUGUGGAGAAGGCUAUGUUUUUUUUGGAGAAUCAAUGCACUGUAAAAUAUGGUGAAGGAGAUUUAAGUAUACAUUUUACCCCCAAAUGAAAGUCCAAAACUCGUAGGAGAUGUAAAACAGAAAAGCUCAUCUUUUUGUAUUGUUUUGACCUGUUUGGAUCUCAUGUGAGUUGCAAGAUCUUUUUUUGGGCAUAUAUUUAAUCUUGAUUAAACUUAUGUUCAUCUCUAGAA